GUGGGCGGGAGAGGAAGCGGCUGGUGAUGCUGGAACAAAUAUGGCCGCCCCGGCGCCCGUCGGCUCUUCGGGCUCCCGCAGUCCUCGGCUGACCGCCGGCCUUCGGCUGUUCCCACUACUGGGGCUGCUGCAGCUGCUGGUCGAGCCUGGCCUGGGCCGCGUCCACCACCUGGCGCUCAAGGAUGAUGUGAGGCAUAAGGUUCAUCUGAACACCUUUGGAUUCUUCAAGAAUGGGUACAUGAUGGUGAAUGUCAGUAGCCUUUCAGUGAGUGAGCCUCAAGGAGCCACAGACAAGGACGCAACUAUUGGAUUCAGCCUAGACCGCACAAAGAAUGAUGGAUUUUCUUCUUAUCUGGAUGAAGAUGUGAAUUACUGUAUUUUAAAGAAACAGUCUGCCUCUGUCACCCUUCUAAUCCUAGACAUCUCCAGAAGUGAAGUGCGAAUAAGAUCUCCACCAGAAGCUGGUACCCAGUUACCAAAGAUCAUCUUCAGCAAGGAUGAGAAAGUCCUUGGUCAGAGCCAGGAGCCUGGUGUUAACGCUGUUUCAGCAGGGAGCCAGACUCAGAAAAAACAAGACAGUGGAAAGUCUGAAAGAAGUACAGUGGAUUCAAAGGCAACAGGAGAGAAAUCCUUUUCUGUUCGUAAUAAUGAUGGGGCAGUUUCAUUUCAGUUUUUCUUUAACAUCAGCACUGAAGACCAAGAAGGCCUCUACAGUCUUUAUUUUCAUAAAUGCCCUGGAAGUGAAGUACGGUCUAACGACAAGUUUUCAUUCAGCCUCGAUAUCGAGAUCACAGAGAAGAAUCCUGACAGCUACCUCUCAGCAGGAGAAAUUCCUCUCCCCAAAUUAUACAUUUCUAUGGCCUUUUUCUUUUUGCUCUCUGGGACAAUCUGGAUUCACAUCCUUCGAAAACGACGGAAUGAUGUAUUUAAAAUUCACUGGUUGAUGGCCGCCCUUCCUUUCACCAAGUCUCUUUCCUUGGUGUUCCACGCAAUCGACUACCACUAUAUCUCCUCCCAGGGCUUCCCGAUCGAAGGGUGGGCUGUGGUGUACUACAUCACUCACCUCUUGAAAGGGGCCCUGCUGUUCAUCACCAUCGCACUCAUUGGCACCGGCUGGGCUUUCAUUAAGCACAUCCUUUCUGAUAAAGACAAAAAGAUCUUCAUGAUUGUCAUCCCGCUUCAGGUCCUGGCAAACGUGGCCUAUAUCAUCAUAGAGUCCACCGAGGAGGGGACGACUGAGUAUGGCUUGUGGAAGGAUUCUCUGUUUCUGGUGGACCUGCUGUGCUGUGGAGCCAUCCUCUUCCCGGUGGUAUGGUCAAUCAGACAUUUACAAGAAGCAUCAGCAACAGAUGGAAAAGGUGACAGCAUGGGACCUCUUCAGCAGAGAGCAAAUAUGAAAACCGGAAGUCCUGCAGCUGCCAUUAACUUGGCAAAGCUGAAACUUUUCAGACAUUACUACGUCUUGAUCGUAUGUUACAUAUACUUCACCAGGAUUAUUGCAUUUCUCCUCAAACUUGCUGUUCCGUUCCAGUGGAAGUGGCUCUACCAGCUCCUGGAUGAAAUGGCCACGCUGGUGUUCUUUGUUCUAACGGGGUAUAAGUUCCGUCCAGCUUCAGAUAACCCCUACCUACAACUUUCUCAGGAAGAAGAUGACUUGGAAAUGGAAUCUGUAGUGACCACGUCAGGGGUGAUGGAGAAUAUGAAGAAAGUCAAGAAGGUGACCAACGGCUCGGUGGAGCCGCAGGGUGAGUGGGAAGGCAGCGCGUGAUGGAGGAGCUCCGAGGCGGCACUGUCAAAGGAAACGGUUUAUUCGUAGUCCUGUUGGUCGGCGAGAGAGGUCGGCCCUCCCGACGGUGACACCGCAGAGCACGUGGCUGGGAGCAGUUGCCACGGAAGCCUAACUUUUCACUCUUUUCUGGAGCCGGAUCUGUGGCUGGUGAUAGGCAGCUAGAAUUCUCCUUCAGGUGGGAGUGCUGGGUAGGGGGUGUGAGAGGAGGAGGGUAAAAGGAAGACCUUGUUUUUAAUCUCUAUAUUUUAAAUUGGGAACUCUUCAGGUAGGUGCAGUGUGACCCAGUGUGUAGCAGCGGAGUGUUGGUGGAUGGGGCAUGGUGGGUGGUGGUGUGUCUGCAGCCGUUCAGGGCACGGGAAGGGGCUUUAGGAAACGAGCAGAUGUCGAGUGGGGCACGGGGGCUCACAAAGAAGGGAGAGGUGAGCAUCGCUGCGUCUUGGGGACAAAAAACGAGUGAGAUCAGGUUAUUUUAGAAAGCAAAGUCAAAACCCAAUUUAGUAUUAAGAGAGUGCCCCAGGAUUUCCGACCCUGAAUGUCGCCCCAGACCUUCAUCCCGGAUUCUGAAAGUGACCAGGAGCGACAGUCGUCCGAGGGCUACGGUGUCAGAGUCAAGGCCCUGGUGGUGGCAAAUGGUUCUCUUGACUGAAGUGUGUUCUGUGUUACCUAAUGGAUGGACGGAAGUGUGUUUUUAAGCUCGAAAAGCCGCCUCCUGUAGGAUUUCCCUGAACGUCUGGUCCCCCCGACGGCGCAGAGCAGCACCGUCUCUGGCGGCCCUCUCAUCCCUCUCUUCUCGCAGCUGCAUCUAUUUUGUGUGAUCAGAAUACGGGGAAAUGGGAAGGACUUGUCCUUAAGGAGCAGCUGGGGGCAGAAAGGAUCAUGUCGAAGCAGAUCCUUAAGGCACGUUGUCAUCAUGACAAAGCUUUCCCUGUAGCCAGGUAGGACUUCUAAAGGGAGGAAUGCAGCAGACCUUGUCCCUGUAUUCCAAGAGUAAGUAUGCGAAGAAGGUGAGGGUGAUUAGCGGGUUUACUCUGGGGUGUGGGGAUGAUGAGAUCUUUCACAGAAGCUCAGUGAGGUUCCCUUCCAAACUUUCAGAGCUUGGAGAGGAACACGGAUAGAUUGCCUGAGGUGAGCAGUACUGCAGCUCGUAGCCAAGUCAUCCGAGUAUUGGGACAAGCUCAGAAGGUUCCCUGUGACGGAGGGCAUAGCAGGGCUUUCCGCUCAUUUCCUACUAAGGCUUUGGCUGCCGGAGCCUGAGAUGGGGACUGAAACACUGCAUCAGGCAAGCUCCCUGGAGCGUGGGGUCCCAGCCGGGCGGGGUAGCUCCCAGUGCCCACGCGCGUCAGGAGCCCAAGCCCCCCCCCCCCCGACCUCCUGGCCUGCCUCCUGGGUGCUGGGUGGUGACGGUGCCUGGUGGUUAUUCUCUUACCUCUGGCUUGGAAGGGUCGAUCAGAAGCCACAAGAUUUAGGGGUGCCGCUCAGUAUGCCCGGUUUGGGAACCUGAAGUGUCUUUACUCAGAAAACAGUUAUUUUCCCUCUCCUGUACCAUUGUCACUUCCUAAAUGACCAGUGAGGAAGCAAGUGUCCUUUCUAUGCGCUUCGAUGAGCCCUCUGUGCUCUGCCCAGUGCCACCUCCACAGGAGCUCGGUCCUGGCUGAGUGAGGAGGAAGACCAGCGUCUUCCAAGGCUGCUGCUGCCCACCUCUCCGCAGAUAUUUUAGGGAAGGGUUCGUGUGUCUUCCCAUCUUCAGGAGCGAGGAAAUAGGCCCCAAGUAUUCAUCUAAGGGCCUUUUUUUGUCUUUUAAGUAAUCUGGGAGCUGUGUGACAGGAGAAGGAAGUGGCAGGGAGGACGGGAGUAUUUUUCAGACUUUGUUUUCCUGACGUGACCACCAUCCCAGUGAUUAAGAAAUGUGUCGCAUACUGUGGCCAAAACUUCCUUUGGUGCUUCCCUCCGAGGGACGUGUUUGCUGUUUGUCCUGCAAGCAGAUGUUCUGGACUAGGCCGUAGACCUCUUGGCAAGAACCAAAGGUUUGAGGAAACACACACACACACACACACACACACACACACACACACACACACACGAAAGGGUCUCCACGGAGGUGUCCUCACUUCAUGUGCUGGAAGCGGGGAAGCGAGUAAAUGAAGAUGAGGGUGUGCAUGUGGGCUGGCACCGGCCCCUGCUCAGCCUUCCUGCUCUGAGGUCCCCGGGCCCCAGCGGUCACAGGGUGGUCUUCAAAUCCCACGCGGCUCCUCUAGGCUCGCAGAAUGGCUGAGAGGCUGCAGUUUUACAGUGCUGACCCUUCUGGAACUGGAAGGUACAGAUGAGAUAAGUUAGUGGAUUAGAAAUAAAGGCAGGCCGCAGGCUUCCUAGCAAACGGGUCGUCUGCCCACGUCCUAUAUUUUAACUGGCAGAAGGUUUAAAGGCAGGCCGCUGAUCAAGAGAAAUCAAACCCCCAGCCCAAGAUUGGGAAAAUAGGUGGUGGUUCAAGUUUUUCCAAAAUUAUUUAAGCUCUUCAUCCUGUUCUCUUUCUCUAUGACUUGAUGGCAGUAAGCAGCAUUCAGCUCUACUCUUGCGUAAAGAUGACUGAUUGGGGGCUAAAGCCAAGGUGCUUCCCCAGCUGACAGCCCGCUUCCUGCAGCCUGAUUUUCACAGUCCCCUUGGGCUCACGGUGAUGCAGUGUUUGAAUGGUUAAGCCCUCUCAGUAUUUCAGGGAUUGGGCAGAAAGGAUCGGUGCACAUCAUAGAACGAUCGGUGGUAUUUAUAGCUUCGCUUUGUGCUGCUCCCCGUUUCUGCCUACGCGAAAUAUACGUACUUCCUCUGAGAAUCCGGCCGUGGACUGGAGGUGCCGCUGGCUGUGAAACUUUAGCAAGUAAAGGAUCUGUUUUCCUUUGAUAGAGUGUGUGUGUUUUGCUAGAAAAUUACUUCUUGGACCACAAGAACAAUCACUGAUCUCUUAAUCCUGGCUCUUAACAGUGGCGAAAGACUCCAUCAGCCUGUUUCUUGGUCCCGCAAUACUUUAACGUUUUAGCAGCAGUGCCUCCGCUGAAUACUCCUGCUGGCUCCUCUUGUAAAGAGAAGCUUGCUUUGGUGUAAAAGAUGGUUUCUCAGAUCAUAGCCUGAGUCUGUUCAGUUUUCUUUCAAGAAACCACUUUAGAGUAAAAUUUCCAGCUUUUUUUUCCCCUGGACAUGUCCAGCCAGCCAAGGCGGCACCAGUCUCUUCAUAAGUGCACUCCACGGGGCUGCCUCGGCAAGGCGUCCCCUCCCUCAUUGUGAUCUCGCCACAGGAUGCUCUCCUCCCCCCUCCCUCUUCCCCCCUUCCUCCCCUCCUCCCCCCCUCCUUCCCCCUCCCCCCCCAUCUCCUUCUCUUUCCUCGCCUUGGCCCUCGCCCAUCAGUUCCACAUGGGCUCAGUCUGGGAAUACGGGCUGAAGCCUGUGGUGCAUUGCAGCAUUUUCUCCCAGCAGCUGUGUGAAGGAUGUAUUUUCCAAGCUAAGAAUUUUAUCCCAAGAGCACAUAUUACUGCUUUGGACCGUAUAUGAUCUUCUGCCCCUGCACGGAGAUGUAUGUCUUAUUUUAGUCUGUACCGACCAAGGAACAGUGUCAAAGAUGCCAGUUUUAAUUGUGAGUGGCUCUGGCCAUCUCUGCCAUCCUGGAGCAUUUCCUUCGAGGGAGGCUUCUAGGACCGAGACAGUCUGAUGGGUUAUUGGCCCUGCUCUGUACACCCCGUAGAGCAGUGGGACUGUUGGUGCUUCCUGCUGCCGAGCAGCUCGUUCAGAGGACACGGAUCCUCGCCCCCUCCUCCUCCUGCUCUGCACUCCACACCUCACCCUUGCUCCCCUGACCCACGCCUGACCUUCAGCAGAUUCCCAACACGCUGAGCCCAGGACGCCUGUGGCCUGCUGCUUUCUUUUCUCUUCCCCACGGAAGAGAAUUCCCCACGGAAGAAGUUAAGUUAGACUUUAACUUGAUACCUCUUGGUGUAUCAAAAACCAUACCAGACGUUCUAGAAGAUCUGCCCUUUACUCCAGUUUUCUCUAGGGUGUUUCUGGCAGGAGGUCGUACAAGAGCUCCACCUGAGUUGAUGCUAAUACUUGUCACUACGACCUGGAAUGUAGUUACUGAUUGGCAAGCCGGACAUUCCCCCCAGGGCCCUUCUGUCGCCUGGCGAUGCAUCUGCCCUCUCUGCACGGCUUAUGCUUGAAAUAUAAUGUUUUUCAGUGGCUCGUUGCUAGGACAUGGACACGCACAUCCUCCGAGAGACUGUGUGCAGAAAGCACUCGGUGGGGCGGGGCGGGGAGGUGCAGGAGCAAGGAUUUGGUUGUGUUGUGUCAAGGACCUUUGGGACCUACUGGCAGGAAGUCUGCAGGCGGGCCGUUUGGGAAGGAGUGCGGAUAAAGUCAGUAAAGGUCAAGGUGAGACAGAAGAGAUAGCUCGCUCCCAGACAGCAAGCUUAUCUUGGGGCGGGGUUUGAGACUUCGGGGUGGGCAGCCAAACCAGUCAGGGGGCCAGGCAGUCAGCCUUCUUAGUGUUUAAGACACUUAUUACAAAAGGGUCCAAAAAUCCUGUCCACACAAGGGGGCUUCUUGAUGCCGUAAGCAGCCUUUGCGGAUGGUAAAUUGGAUUUGCCUAGUCAUGUGACCUCAGAAGAACUCAGACACAUCCAAUCCAGAAAUAAGUUUCAUUUGGGGGAGAAAAUGUCUGUAAAUAUUCUUUGCUUUCCAGGUUAGAUGGGGAUGCAGCAGGAGUUUUCAGUACUUUUUUUUAAACACUGAUGGUCACUGAAGAGUGUUUAUGUGAACAUCUGCCGGGUGGAGGUUCCGAUCCGGGUGAUGUAGGGGACGGGUUCUCCUGCUGUGAUGCAAACAUGUAAAAUAAAGAUUCUGUGACAGGAA